UGCCUGCCCUGAAUUAUGGCGGCUUCUGCGCCGACACCGCACGCGACUGGCUUCCCAGCCGAGGGCCGGUGCGGUUAUUAUGUGGCCAAGAAGAAGAGGUUCUGCAGAAUGGUGGUGGCAGCUGGGAAAAGGUUCUGUGGCGAACACGCUGGUGCCGCGGAGGAAGAAAAUGCUCGGAAAAGAAUACUGUGUCCUUUAGAUCCAAAACACACAGUAUACGAAGAUCAACUAGCAAAGCAUUUGAAAAAAUGUAACUCAAGAGAGAAACCAAAACCUGAUUUCUUUAUUCAAGAUAUUAAUGCGGGCUUAAAAGAUGAAACGGAAAUAACUGAACAAAUGGUUCCAAUUUCUUCUCUCUCUGAAGAGCAGUUGGAAAUUUUAAUUAUGAAGCUGAAAAAGGCAAGUGAAGGUUUGAACUCUACACUUAAAGAUCAAAUUCUAUCCCAUCCAGCAUUGCAUGAUGCCCUUAAUGACCCUAAAAAUGGUGAUUCUGCAACCAAACACCUGAAACAGCAGGCUUCUAUUUUAGGUAACAUUGAAAAAUUAAAGUUACUUGGUCCAAGAAGAUGCUUUGUUGAGUUUGGAGCAGGAAAGGGAAAAUUAUCUCAUUGGGUUGAUAUUGCCUUAAAAGAUGCUGAAAAAGUUCACUUCAUCCUUGUAGAGAAGGUGACCACACGAUUCAAGGUCGAUGGCAAACACAGAAGGAAAAACUCAGUGUUUGAAAGGCUUCAGAUUGAUAUUCAACACUUGUGUUUGAACAAGAUUCCUGUGCUAAGCAGAGAGAAACUGCCUGUGGUAGGAAUUGGAAAGCAUCUGUGCGGUGUGGCAACAGAUCUUGCAUUGCGAUGUUUGGUUGAAACCUGUGGUGCCAGUUGUGAGGAAAGGAACGAAGAGCCUUUAGCCAAACGCAUAAAGAAUGAUAAAGCAGACAAAGAAAUUAACACUUUGGCCAAGGAAGGAAGUGAAAAAAAUGUCCCAGACAAGUGGACCCCUGUGGCUGGCAUUGUUAUUGCACUCUGUUGUCACCACAGGUGUGACUGGAGACACUAUGUGGGCAAAGAGUAUUUCAGGGCUCUGGGCCUCGGAGCUGAGGAAUUCCACUAUUUCCAGCGAAUGAGUAGUUGGGCCACUUGUGGGAUGCGGACAACUUCUCUGGAAGCCUCAGCUGUUCCCCGGAGCAGAGAGAGUGAGAGUGACGACAGCGAGGAUCACGAGGACAGGGGUCCCAGAACCCCUGCCGCCCACGCUGCGAGUCUGCCUAGGUUUCUUACUGUAGAAGAAAAGAAGAAAAUAGGGCAUCUUUGUAAAUUGCUGAUUGACCAAGGCCGAAUAGAGUAUUUGCAGCAGAAGGGAUUCCACCCCAUGCUACAGUACUAUGCAGACCCUGGAGUGUCUUUGGAAAAUGUGCUGUUAACUGCUUUACCAACUCAGUCCUCAUCAGCGGAAGCAACUUCUUAACAGAAAAGAAAUUGCAAACAGCAUCUGUCUUCCACCAGAAAAGAAAAGCAUUUUAAAUUGUAUUUUUAUAUUCAUAAAAAUAUAAGUAGCAGAUAAUACGAACUUUUAAAAAAGGUUAUGGCUUCACUGAACUUUGAUAAUAGCUUUACUUGAGAAGUCCAGACUUGAAGGUUCACCAAAUUCCAAAGUAAUCUUCAGCAGGGCAUCUUGAGAUCUGUUACCCGUCAGGACUUUCAGAGAUUGGGAAAGUUGUCACGCAGUUGACUGGGUCAUCUGAAACACACAACACAGUAACUUUCUAUUUGCAUUCAUUUUGAAAAUUUGUUUUCCUUUGGUUUUAUUUAAUACUUUUUAUCUCUCAAGUUCAAGAUGUAAUGAUCAAUGAUCAGUUUCUAACAAGGGCCAAUCUGAGAAUUUGGCCUCUGUGUGGAUUUUUCUUUCCGUGCAGAUCUGGAAAGGAUAGUCGGUUGUGAUUUUUUUCCCUAUGCAAAGUAAUUCAGAGAUGUUUACAAUUAAUAAAUACAACUUCAGAUUUCCAGGGUCAUACCUCUAUUUAUAUAUUAUAUCAGAACUUGUCCAUGCAAACACCAAAACCAAAGAGAUGUUUUCAAGGGGGGAAAACUAUAUCAUUUUAUUAGAUAAUUAUGUAGUUAGAACUUCCAGAAAGACACCUAUAAGCCCACUUCACAAAUUAAGUUGGAAAUUUGCAAAUAACUUCUGAAAUUAAGUAUCUCAUCUAUUUUAACAGGCUAUUUUUACAUGUAUAAAUGCAAAUAUAAAUAUAUUCUCUCUUGUUUGGGAAAAUAAUUUGGAGUAAAGUAGAAAUUAGGUAGUGAAACCCAAAACCUCACAUUUAGGGCUCAUGUAACUCGAACAGUUUCUAUGCACAAGCAAGUAUUAAUCCAAACAUAUGGUAGGACUGUUACUCUUUCCCAUGGCUUGUCCUUGAGUUAUUGUGCCUUUAUUUGUAAAAAAAAAAAAAUGUGUUAACUG